AGUGAAUUAGGUUGAGUGUUAGGGUUUCAAUUUCCAUUUUGAUCGAUGCUACGAAGGCGAAAGCCGGAGAAGAAGCCGGAGGCGGUGACUCCGGCGCCGGCGUCGGUGUCUGUGCCGGCGGCGGCGACGAGACCAGCGAGGUGGUCGUGCGUGGAUACUUGCUGCUGGUUUGUUGGGUGGAUAUGCUUCUCGUGGUGGGUUUUGUUGUUUCUAUACCACGCGGCGCCGGCAUCGCUGACGCAGCAGGUGACGGAGGCCAUCUCCGGGCCGAUGCCUGAUCCCCCCGGCGCCUUGCUCCGGAAAGAAGGUGUCACGGCGCGGCACCCGGUUGUAUUCGUGCCAGGGAUUGUUACUGGGGGCCUUGAGCUCUGGGAGGGCCGACCAUGCGCCGAGGGGUUGUUCAGAAAGCGGCUUUGGGGCGGCACCUUCGGCGAGGUCUAUAAGAGGCCUUCCUGCUGGUUGGAGCACAUGUCACUAGACAAUGAAACAGGAUUGGAUCCUCCAGGUAUCAGAAUUAGGGCAGUUUCAGGACUGGUUGCUGCAGAUUACUUUGCUGCUGGUUACUUUGUCUGGGCAGUGCUAAUUGCUAAUUUGGCUCACAUUGGAUAUGAAGAGAAGACCAUGUAUAUGGCUUCAUAUGAUUGGAGACUUUCUUUUCAGAAUACUGAGGUGCGAGACCAGACUCUUAGCAGGAUAAAGAGCAAUAUAGAACUCAUGGUAGCUACCAAUGGAGGAAAAAAAGCAGUGGUGAUUCCACAUUCAAUGGGUGUUCUGUAUUUCUUGCAUUUCAUGAAGUGGGUUGAGGCACCUGCUCCUAUGGGUGGGGGUGGUGGAUCAGAUUGGUGUGCACGACAUAUAAAAGCUGUUAUGAAUAUUGGAGGACCUCUUUUAGGUGUCCCAAAAGCAAUUGCAGGAUUAUUCUCUGCUGAGGCCAAAGAUGUUGCUGUUGCCAGGGAAAAGGCACCUGGUGUGUUAGAUUCAGAUUUCUUUGGCCUGCAAACCUUGCCGCAUAUUAUGCGACUGUCUCGUACAUGGGAUUCUACCAUGUCAAUGAUCCCCAAAGGUGGUGAUACAAUAUGGGGAGGUCUGGAUUGGUCCCCGGAAGAAGGAUAUGACUGUAGUGAUAACAAGAAGAGUGAAAAUGUUCCUCAUGCAUCUGAGGAAUUUCGGGUGGGGGUGGAUGAUAUUCACAUUAGCAAUGCCAAUUAUGGGAGAAUUAUAUCAUUUGGAAAAGAUGUUGCAGAGCCUCCCUCAUCCAAUAUCAAACGAAUAGAUUUCCGGGAUGCUGUUAAGGGCAACAAUUUUGCUCACUCAAAUAACUCAUGCCACGAUGUCUGGACAGAGUACCAUGAGAUGGGUCGGGAGGGAAUACAAGCUGUUGCUGAUUACAAGAGCUAUACAACUUCUGAUGUCCUGGAUCUUCUUCACUUUGUUGCACCUAAAAUGAUGAAACGGGGAGGCGCUCAUUUUUCAUAUGGUAUUGCUGAUGACUUGGAUGAUCCCAAAUAUAAGCAUUACAAAUAUUGGUCCAAUCCCUUGGAAACAAAAUUACCAAAUGCUCCUGACAUGGAGAUAUAUGCUUUGUAUGGGGUAGGGAUUCCUACUGAGAGAGCAUAUGUUUAUAAGCUUGCUCAGCCAGCAGAAUGCUACAUUCCUUUUCAGAUUGACAUUACAGCUGAUGGUGUAAGUAAGAAUAGCUGCUUGAAAGAUGGUGUUUAUAAUGUCAAUGGCGAUGAGACGGUACCAGUUCUCAGUGCAGGUUUUAUGUCUGCUAAAGCCUGGCGUGGAAAAACAAGGUUCAACCCUUCUAAUAUCAAGCAAUACAUAAGGGAGUACAAUCAUGCCCCUCCUGCUAACUUUUUGGAGGGUCGGGGAACGCAGAGUGGGGCACAUGUGGAUAUCAUGGGAAAUUUUGCUUUGAUUGAGGACAUACUCAGAGUGGCUGCAGGAGCCACCGGAGAAGAGUUGGGUGGUGAUCGUGUUUAUUCUGACAUUUUUACCUGGUCUAAGAAGAUUGAUCUUCGGCUUUGAAUUCAGCAGAAGAUUUAUCAGAAAUUGUAGGAUUGAAAUUAUAGCUGCAUCAGGAUGGUGAAUGUCUAACAAUUAUGGCCCGUAAUUCCAUUUCCUCGCAAGCACUGAGUGUUUAUACAAUCAAAGAACACCAGCCUCUCUCCGCCAUAAUAACUUUUUGGAUGAAUGUAAUGGUAAUAAACAUCCAAUGAGUUUCUCAAAGUCAUCAAGUGUGAGCAGUGAUACAGGUGGAACAAUCUGUUGUGCUAUAUAUAUAUUGACAUUGAUGUUGUAUGGGAAUUGUGAAAUUUGAUGAUAUUGUAUCUCUGUUUUUUACUAUACGGGGUAAAACCCUAAUAGAUGAUGAGCAUUGUUUGAUAUGCGGAAAAAUAGCCAGUUGUUUUAAUGUCCAAAACUUUGUUAUGUUCUCA